AUGCUAAUCUUUUCUUCUUUUCGGGACAUUGGAAUAGCUAUUAGCAGAAAACCCUUUUACGGAUCUCCUAAUAAUGCCUCGAGGCAGUCACUGGAGCUUGUUGGCCGCGAGAUGCAAUUCACUUCAAAAGAACUAAAAUCCGUAGGGAGUUACAAACUGGUAAGAGAUGAAACUUCAUUUUCAUUUAUUAUUUUUAGGAUGGUGGUAGAUACUGGGUGCAUAGAUGUGCAAGAAAUUUUACUUAGGAAGCACAGAGGAGAUGCUAUUGGUAACGCUUUUGCAUUUGGAAUUGCUAUCUUGUCUUUGUAUUUGCAUCUUGUUGCGGGAGUUAUAGUCCACCUCACCUGGGAGAAGAUCUCCAUGUCGCCUCAGUAUCUCACCUUGUCCUGGCUACAGCAAGUCAUCCUCUAUCGUGUUUGCUUGCAUCUUGUUGCAGGAGUUAUAGUCCGCGUGGGAAAAGAUCUCCAUAUCGCCUCAGUAUCUCACCUUGUCCUGGCUACAGCAAGUCAUCCUCUAUCUUCCAUUGCCAAAGUAUUAACUGUACAUUUAGAAACCGGAGAGUUCCCGAUUUCUCUCCAAGAAAAGGAGCACUCAUUUGUAAAUUGUAAAUAUCAUUAUCAUCCAAGAGAUCCAAAUUCCAAGGUCCCAAUUCCUCGCCGGAGCCACCUCCAAUCACCGUCUUCGAUGGGUAUAGACACCACUGCCGCCGUCGCCGCUGCAGUGGAUGGCGACUCGGAAUCAGCCUCUCUGUUAAUCCCCAAAUCAUCUUCCACCAACCCCCAAAAGAUCCCUAAAGACAGUUUCAACAUGGCCUACAUAAUCUACUUCACAUUGGGCGCAGGUUACCUUCUUCCCUGGAACGCAUUCAUCACAGCCGUUGAUUACUUCAGCUACCUCUACCCCGAUGUCUCCGUUGACCGUGUAUUCUCCAUAGUGUAUAUGCUGAUAGGGCUUACGAGCUUGCUUUUCAUUGUGUCGUUUGCUCACAAAUCGAAUUCUUUUGUGAGAAUUAAUGUGGGAAUGGUGCUAUUUGUGAUAGCGCUCUUGGUGGUGCCUUUGAUGGAUGUUUGGUACAUAAAGGGAAGAGUUGGAGUGUAUGGUGGAUUCUAUAUGACGGUGACAUUGGUGGGUCUGUGUGGGGUUGCUGAUGGAUUGGUGCAAGGAGGAGUCGUUGGGAAUGCUGGGGAGUUGCCUGAGAGGUACAUGCAGGCUGUGGUAGCUGGCACUGCUGCUUCUGGUGUCCUUGUGUCAGUUUUACGAGUUCUAACCAAAGCUAUAUAUCCUCAAGAUGCUCGUGGACUCAGACAAAGUGCCAAUCUUUAUUUUAUUGUCAGCAUUGUGGCUGUCAAUGAAGAGAAGGAAGAGAAAGGUGACCUAACCGGAAAGCUAUGGAGAUCAACCUUAUGGGACAUCGUAGGAACAGUAAAAUGGUAUGGCUUCGGAAUCAUGAUUAUCUAUGUCGUGACAUUGAGUAUUUUUCCUGGAUCUGUUACAGAGGAUGUGAGCUCUGAGAUUCUCAAGGACUGGUACCCGAUCAUACUGGUUGCGGGCUAUAAUGUCUUUGAUCUGAUCGGUAAGUCUUCGACUCCCUUAUAUCUCAUAGAAAAUGCAAAAGUAGCAAUAGGUGCCUCCUUUGCAAGGUUAUUAUUUCUUCCCCUGUUCUACGGUUGCUUGCAUGGGCCUGAAAUCUUCAGAACAGAAAUUCCGGUUACAGUGUUGACCUGUCUUCUGGGGCUUACAAACGGAUACUUUACAUGUGUAUUAAUGAUUUUGACUCCCAAAACUGUUCAGUUGCAACAUGCAGAGACUGCAGGGAUUGUGCUUGUUUUGUACUUAGUAGUUGGUCUGGCAAUUGGUUCUGUAUUAUCUUGGUUUUGGGUCAUAUAG